AAAGUAUUCCAAGGAACCGGACUUUGUAAGAAAGGAAACGUCUCUUUUGCUAUAAAAGAAAAUAGUCGCCCUGUGUUUCGCCCUAAACGACCAGUGGCUUACGCCGUACAAGAAGCAGUAGACCGAGAGCUAGAUCGACUUCAGGCCAUAGGAGUAAUAAUUCCAGUGAAGUUUUCACAAUGGGCAGCACCGGUCGUUGUAGUAAAAAAAGCAAAUGGUACCAUUCGCAUAUGUGGAGAUUACUCCACUGGCCUCAACGAUGCGCUACAGCCAAAUGAUUACCCGUUGCCUUUACCGGAUGACAUAUUUUCAAAGUUGGCUAAUUCAAUAAUUUUCAGCAAGAUAGACCUAACCGAUGCUUUUCUGCAAGUGGAAGUCGAGCCGCAGUACCGCCCACUGCUUACAAUAAAUACGCAUCGCGGGUUAUAUCAUUAUAACCGCCUUCCACCAGGAGUUAAGGUCGCUCCAGCUGCGUUCCAGAUGAUCAUGGACAAAAUGUUAGCCGGUCUAAAUAACGUUUCUGGAUACCUGGAUGACAUUAUAGUCGGGGGCACUUCAGAAAAAGAGCACGACGAGAUUUUAGCCAAAGUAUUCCAACGCAUUCAAGACUUUGGAUUCACGAUUCGUGUUGAUAAAUGCGCAUUUAAAAUGCAGCAAAUAACAUACCUCGGACACGUAAUUGAUCGUCGUGGACUAAGGCCUGAUCCCGCAAAAAUCCAGGUUAUCAAAAAUCUUGCUGAACCAACAGAUGUCACCGGUGUUAGAUCCUUUUUGGGUGCAAUCAACUUCUACGGGAAGUUUAUACCAGACAUGAGAAAAUUGAGGCAUCCUUUGGAUAAUUUACUCAAGGCAAAUACUCCAUUUCAUUGGUCGUCGGAAUGUAAACGGGUUUUCAGAGAGUUUAAGACGAUUUUAUCGUCAGACCUACAAUUGGCUCACUACGAUCCGCAAGAAAAGAUUGUGAUCUCGGCGGACGCAUCAUCAAUUGGCCUUGGGGCAACUAUAAGCCAUCUGUACCCCAAUGGUCUCAGACGUGUAGUACAACACGCUUCUCGUGCCCUUACUGAGGCAGAACGUCGGUACAGCCAGAUCGAUCGAGAGGGACUAGCGAUCAUUUACGCAGUAAAAAAGUUCCACAAAAUGAUUUUUGGUAGGCAUUUUACGCUUCAGACUGAUCAUCGACCUCUACUGCAUAUAUUCGGAUCGAAGAAAGGCAUCCCAAUAUUUACUGCUAACCGUCUUCAGCGUUUCGCGCUUACUUUGCUGGCCUACGAUUUUAACAUUGAGUACGUGCGCACCGACGAUUUCGGAAAUGCUGAUUUGCUCUCACGACUCAUUAACACGCACACCAAGCCAGAUGAAGACUGUGUUAUAGCAAGCGUGAACUUGGAAGAAGACAUUAAAUCGGUGGCAAUAAGCGCGCUUGAUUCACUACCGCUGAACUUUGCUGAUCUCGCCAGAGAAACAAAACGAGACCCACUUCUGAAAAAGGUGUCAGUUUACAUCAGCGAAGGCUGGCCCAGAAACGCAGCGUUUACCGAUGAGCUUGCUCGUUUUAAUGCCAGGAAAGAUGCACUAACAACCGUAGAGAAUUGCAUUCUUUUCGGUGAGAGGGUGGUAAUCCCCAAAAAGCUGCAACAAAAAUGUCUUCAGCAGGUGCAUCAGGGCCAUCCAGGAGUGCAGCGUAUGAAAGCGUUAGCUAGGAGUUUCUUUUAUUGGCCUACAAUAGAUGCUGACAUCGAGGAAUGGGUGAAGACAUGUCACCCAUGUCAAGCAGCUGCCAAAUCACCCGCACAUUCCGCUCCGGUACCAUGGCCGAGGGCAGCAGGCCCAUGGCAACGUUUACACGUCGAUUUUGCGGGCCCACUAGACGGUGAUUAUUACUUAAUUGUCGUAGAUUCGUUUUCUAAAUGGCCCGAAAUAAUCCGUACCAGUAACGUUACAGCGAAAGCUACUAUAGCCAUGUUACGCUCACUUUUCGCUCGUUUUGGAAUCCCGAAAACGUUGGUAUCGGACAACGGUACGCAGUUCACCAGCGAGGAGUUCGGACUAUUUUGCGACCGCAAUGGCAUCGAACACAUCACAACGGCCCCCUACCAUCCGCAAUCUAACGGGCAAGCUGAAAGAUUUGUGGACACUUUCAAGCGAACAGUCAGAAAGAUAUCUGCGGAUGGUACCUCACUACAAGAAGCGCUGGAUACAUUCCUACUAGUAUAUCGAAGUUCGCCAAACCCUUCGUUAGGAAAUGCUAAGUCACCGGCGGAUAUCAUGUUGGGAAGGCAAAUGCGCACAACUUUAAACCUGCUCCGUCCACCAAGUCCUGAAACCAUUAGUAUGGAAAACGAACCGAAACCAAGCAGACAGUUCCAACCCAACGAUCUAGUCUAUUUUAAACGUUUCGCAGGUAACGGAUGGAGAUGGGUAGCUGGUACAAUUGUUAAGCAAUUAGGUCAUGUCAUGUAUAUGAUUGGAACGGAUGAUCAGAAAAUGUUUAGAUCUCAUAUUAACCAGAUACGCAAGCGCUACGAGAGGCAUCAUCACGUUCCGGCUUCGGUCACCCAUCGUAAGCUGCCGAUAGAUGUUUUGUUGGAUACCUGGCAGCUAACACCGCAACCAUCUACUGGCACGUCCCGCAUACCACCACAGCCAGUCGACCCCGAGCAUGUGGACAUCUCUGUGUCCCCUCAUCAGCCGUCAUCCGAGACCAACGGUCCUUAUGUUCCCGCUACAUCGCCAGCGACAUACACACGCCCGGCGACACGACCUGUUCCAUCGUGUGCUUCGGCCCAGGUGCCACGACGGUCUUCUAGAGUUAGAAAACCGCCCAGUCGGUUCGACGUGUACCGUCGGUUUUAAAAAGAGGGGGAGAUGUUAGAUGAAAGAAUGCAGCCAGCUGCUCGCGUGCUCUCUCUGCAGUAAGCCGCUCUUACUGCAGUUGACGAGCCGUGAGCGCCUGAGAGCGAUCGGUCGGGGUGGAUCGUUCGGCUGCUGCGCGAAGAGCAGAGAACACUUCGCAUCGGGGCAGCGCGGCGUACACAACUUAGCAAUAAAGCAUCCGUUAAGUUUAUAACUGUAUUUAUGUUCGUGUGUGUAUUGUCCAUUGUCGCAUAUAUCACUAACGGACGUAAAAGUCUCUAUGCUAAGUGAGAGCGGACUUCUUCCACUUAGCCAUGUAAUAACAACUAAAUUAGCCGCAACAGCAACAAGAAUUAAAGAAAAGAAUAUCCAAGCACCAUCAUUCCUCAAUAGAGCCAACUCCGAACUUUUCGCUAUAACAAACUGCAAUAUCCCGGAUAUCACAACACUGUUACAUCUUGGCACUCGGCCGUGGUACCAUGAACCCCCUAACAUAGACUGGCAUUUUAAAAACAUCCUUAAAGCAGGCUGCAAUAGUACAAUAGCACAAAAACAUUUCAUAGAAUACAUCAACAACAAAUACAUAAAACACAAUCACAUC